AUGGAACUCAUGGAGCUUGUCGAGAACGAGCCCACUGCUCGCCCCUUCCAGUGCGACUGGCAGUCGUGCAACAAGAGCUUCAACAGGAAGUCUGAUUUGCAGAGACACUACCGCAUUCACACCAACGAGCGUCCCUACUCCUUCUGCCGCAAGACCACGAUGGUCAAGCACCAGAGGAGAUCUCACCAGCGUGGCCUCCACCCCAAUGAGCUCUUGGAUGAUUGCACAUCAGACUCCGACAGUGGCGAGUCUCCUUCGACACCGAAGCACGCUGGCAUGCAAUGGCCUCCCCAGGGCGUGAUGGCCAUGAACCACCCCGGUAUGGGUCACGCAAUGCACCGAGCUGCCUCGUUUGCCGACUUCGGCCAGCACAUGAACGGUUACCCGAUGCCCCAGCAGCAACAACAGCAACACUACGGCGCGCACCGCCACAGCCUUUCUUCCGGCGGGGCACACGAGGUCCACGGUAUGGUCCACGAUCAGCAACACCCCGGUGUACACAUGCUGCAGCGAACCGCCAGCAUGGGCCAGCACUCGUACUACGUGACGGAGCAGGGCAACCCGGGUGUCGCUACCAUGAACACGGCCAUGCCCCAACAGUACGGGCAGGUGCCCCGGCAACAACAGCCGCAGGUUGACGUGCCGUACUCUCAACCUGGUAUGAACCAAUCCAUCCAAAGCAGCCCGAGCAGCUUUUCGGCAGCAUCGGGUAGGAGCCCAUCCAUUCAGGAAGGGUUUUAUACUCACCAGCCAACCCAAGCAGCCACAUAUGCCUUGCAUCAUGCCUCCCCCGUUCUCGAGCAACAGCAAGCCGGCAUGGUCGCGUACCCGCACCAGCAGAUGCAGCAGCAGAUCCAUACCCCUCAGCCGAUCCCGACUCAGGCACCGCAGCCUCCGCCUCAGCAGGUCAGCCAAUACGCCUCCCCGACACCCCAGGCCCAACCCGAGGAGUACUGGAACGGCGUUCCGUACCAGGCACCGGUCGAGGUUGCGACGAUCGGCCAGCUGCCGACCUACGGCUCCGGUGUGUACGACCCUUGGGGCGGCCCCAAGAUCGAAUUCGAGGAUCCUUCAAUGCAGCUCCCGUCCGCACGGAUCGAGAACAUGUAA